AUGUAUAAGGUUAGCAAUUAUGGGCAUACUCGAGAGCAUAUUGUUAAGCUGGCAGAAGCAGAUCAUAUAUCUUGUACUUGCAUGCAGUUUGAGUAUAUGGGUAUACUUUGUUGUCAUGCAAUAAGAAUUCUUGAUGUGAUAAGAGGAGUGAGUAAAAUUCCAGAUGAGUAUAUUUUGAAAAGGUGGACAAAAACUGCAAAGGCCAUAAAUAUUAAAGAAAUUAAUGGGCAAGAUAUAGAGAUCAAGGAUUCAAAGCUGACCUUUGUGAACCGUUAUAGAAUCCUUUGUCCUAUAUUUGUUAGAAUGGCAGCUAAAGCUUCUGAAACAGAUGAAAGCUAUAAGCUAGCAACAUCAUAUGUAAAUGAGUUAAGUGCAAGAUUGAAACAAAUUAUGGAGGUGACAGCUCCAUCUCUCCGUACUACGGAUUCGACAAUAGAUUUACCCGAAGAAAAUAAUGACAAAGAUCUCCUCUUAUGA